CGAAAUUACAUCAAGAUGUUCAAUAUAACCUUCCCUACCCAGCAUUCGUCUUCUUCAGCAGAGCCCUCUUAACCCGGCCGCCCAUUCUCACUUCCACUUCUCGGUUUCUCCACUGACGGCGGUUCGCCAUCUCUCGGCCGUCUCUCCAAGAUUGAACAAUGGCGACUGGAACAGAACAGCGUCAACUCACGCAGAAGGAGGCGGACAUUCAGAUGAUGUUGGCCGCUGAGGUUCAUCUAGGUACUAAAAACUGCAAUUUCCAGAUGGAGCGAUACGUUUUCAAGCGCCGGAAUGAUGGAAUCUACAUUAUUAACCUGGGCAAAACAUGGGAGAAACUUCAGAUGGCUGCUAGAGUUAUUGUGGCUAUCGAGAAUCCUCAAGACAUUAUUGUUCAGUCUGCCAGGCCUUAUGGCCAGAGAGCUGUUUUGAAGUUUGCACAAUACACUGGUGCUCAUGCAAUUGCUGGGAGGCACACCCCUGGAACAUUCACCAACCAGCUUCAGACCUCAUUCAACGAGCCACGUCUUCUGAUACUUACUGAUCCUAGAACUGAUCAUCAGCCCAUCAAGGAAGGUGCCCUUGGAAACAUUCCUACAAUUGCCUUUUGCGACACUGAUUCACCAAUGCGGUAUGUUGACAUUGGGAUUCCAGCUAAUAACAAGGGGAAACACAGCAUAGGAUGUCUAUUCUGGCUUCUUGCGAGGAUGGUUUUGCAAAUGCGUGGAACAGUUCGUCCUGGGCACAAAUGGGACGUGAUGGUGGAUUUGUUUUUCUACCGGGAGCCUGAGGAGGCAAAGGAGAAAGAGGAAGAACAGGCAGUUGCGCCACCAGAUUAUGGCAUUGCAGAUUUUGGUGCUGCUCCGCUGGUUGCAGAUCGAUGGGUUGCUGAUGCUCAGUGGGAUGCUCCUGAUAUGGUUCCAGCUGCUGCUGCUGCUGCUGCUCCAGUUUCUAAUGUGGAGUGGGCCCUAGAGCCAGUCGCUCUUGGAGGAGCAGCAGAUGGAUGGGAUGCUGCAGAAGCACCACCAGCACCUUUACCGGAAACUGGUGCACCUCCAGCCGCCAGUUAGUAAUGAGGGAAGCCUUAUCUCUCGCUUGGAAUUUUGAUUCGUCGAUUUGAGUUUUGCUUGUUCAUGUAGUAGCACCACCAAAUUAGUUGCGCGUAAGCGAGCCUGAACACUCGUAGUACCUAUCUUUACUCGUUUCAAAAUUGAGUUGUGUUUUCUUUUCCUAGUCAAGUUUUAGAUUUUGAUGUUUGAUGUCUUUUUUUUACUUCGUGGGUACUUUGGUACCAAUUAUUUAUGAGAAAUUAAAAUUACUCAAAA